AUGAACAAGAUACGUCGUCUCGAGAGAACGUUAAUGCAUUUGCGAUCUCUCGGCGUUCUGAGAGCGAGUUCCUCGUCCACGAGAUGUUUUAGCACGAGUAAAGAUUCAGAGGAACAAAGCAAGAAUUCGUCUGUGGAAUCCAAUAUCGAGAAGAAACCUGCAAUACAAGUAAAUGAGAAUGCAGAAGCUGUUCAGGAAUCUGAAGCGAAAUUGAGUGGUUUUGCACGAAGUUACGAAAAAUUCUCGCACAUUGAUGAUAAAAAAACUAGAAACGCCACAAACAUUCGUUUCCUUAAUUUACAUCUCCAAAUUUGCCGAUUUUGUUUUCAGUUGGGUGAUCCGGAAGGAAAAGUCGUAACUGGUGAGGUAUAUCACGUGGUUGGUGAUGAUCUGUAUAUUGAUUUUGGAUGGAAGUUCCACUGUGUUUGUCAAAGACCUGUCAAGAAUGGACAAUACUAUGUGAGAGGAUCUAAGGUUCGAUUAAGGAUAAAGGAUUUGGAACUUUCCUCCAAGUUCUUAGGUGCUGAAACGGAUAUAACUCUUCUGGAAGCUGAUUGUACUUUAAUCGGCUUAAUAUCGUCACCUUUGAAAAUGACAGAACAAAGAACGACAACCAGAAGACUGAGAAUACGAGAUAUUUUGUAAUUAUUAACGUUAAUUUUAUAAUAUCUAUGUUAAAUAAACUAUAAAAUAUUA